GUUGACUAUAAAACCUCAUCAUGACCAACCUGGCCACUGUAAUCUUCGACAGUGCUUAGAACCACUCUGUGUAACACAUAAAUCUCUUCAUCGUCGUUUCAAUAAACGUGAAUUCGAGUAAUUUGAGUCUGUCAAACUUAACCACUUCGUCGUCUUACACACCAUUUUAAUUUUACUUUUUCCGUUAUUUCUUACGGAUCUACGAAGACACUAUGAAGAUCCUUGUGCUAUUACUCGGUCUGACGGUGGCGUCAUAUGCACAAUACAACAGAUAUCCAUACAACCCCGAGUACUACGGCAGACAUAUCGCCAUAUUGCGACAAUCGAAAGACACAGCACCAGACGGAUCUUACUCCUACAGUUACGACACCGAAAAUGGAAUCUCGGUAGCAGAACAAGGACGUCCAAAGAAUAUUGGUCCAGCCCAAAUCGAAGAGGUCAGAGGUCAAUAUAGUUAUACAGCACCAGACGGUACCCCGAUAUUGGUCACUUACACCGCAGACGAGAACGGCUUUCAAGCGAGCGGUGCUCACUUACCUACACCUCCGCCCAUUCCACCUGCCAUCCAACGAGCCCUCAGCUACAACGCGGCUCAUCCCGAGGAGGAGGAGCCUUACAGGAGAUACUAGACAUGACAUUAUGUUUAUCGACUUCUAUUCUAUUUUUCUCUUCCACAUCUUUCUCCUUUUCUCUUAUUCUUUUUUUUCUUUCUUAUUUUUUUUUUCUUUUUUUUUUUUCAUUAUAUUACUUUUAUCGUUUCUUUACGAUUAUCACGAGUAUCAGGACGAUUCGUUCGCUAUUGUCAACGAAGAUGAACGAAGUCUUUUAUUCUUAUUCUUCUCCUUCUUUUUCUUUGAGGGUAUAUCAUUUUCUAAACCAGCUAGCUUUUGCUAAGACACUAACUAUAAAAAUCACAAGGAACUGCCUGUAACAUCUACAAAUGCGUAAUUGUCCUUUUCAUUCGAUCCUCCACGUUGAUAGAUAAAGAAGAAUAGUAAGGAAAUUGAAUGAGAAGGAUCAAAGAGGAUUGCCUUUAUUUAACGUUUUAAAUUAUGCUCCUUAUUGCUCUUCUCUAUUUCUUUCUUUCUAUCUUUUUCUCUUUCUCUCUCCUUUUCUCUCUUCUUUUGCAAUUUCUAUUUUUGACAUACGUACUCGUCAGUUCGUUUCGAGUGGAAAGCCAAAUAGGUAAAUUCCAUUAGAGACUAAAUCACAACGAAAAUUAUUUGGAUAAUGAUCUGUUAGAACUAAAGAUUUAUUUGGAAAGAUAAAGGACAAUGUUAUCGUAACGUAACAUCUAGAUGUUUAAAAAGAAAGGAAAUUGUAUCUUUAAGUGAUCGAUCCAGCGUGAAAAAGUUUAAUGUAAUUUCCUUUGACGAAAUAAUCGAUGCUAGCGAAAUCCAAAUAGGAAGAAAAAAAACCAAGAGAAGGAGAGAGAAAAAGAGAGAUAAAGAGACAGUUUACUGGAUACGAUACGAAGAGGAGAGAUCACUUACGAUUAGAGAAGAGCUGCUUCAGAUUUAUCUAGACGAUAAAACGUCAAAUUAACGCGCGCUAUUAUUGUUCUUUUAAUAGAAUGUAACCGCUUGUGUCUUUAGACGAUGAUAAAUACAUGCAAUCGACUUGAAA